AUGAAAAAGCGAGGACAUGAUAAGCAAAAUAGUCUUGGGAUAUCUUACGUUUACUUCAUGGGAAUGGGAUUGGAUUUGCCUGACGUGGCGCAUAUGUGGAAGGCGGCUCCACUGUUAUCGCAAUUUGUAUUCCUCCGGAACAAAACGCCAUCUCCGUCGGGCAUAACUGUGAGCUUUUCCCAGUUUUCUCUUCCUCUUCAAAUUACUGUUGCCAUCGGAAUGUCGUCCUCUCCCACGUCAACCAUGCCUGCCGUCGACGUCGCCGACCACUCCAAAUUACGCCGCUUGAUCAACCGACUCAAAAACGGGGUACGUUUGAACGUGCACUGCCGCUCAAAAGAUGAUGAUAUCGAUCUUCACGUGUUGGAAGAGGGCAAUGCGUUGAGUGGAGCUUUCACCUCAACUUUGGGAUGA